UCAAUCUUUCACGCGCCACUUCGCUAUCGCUUCCGUCGCCUCAUCUCCUCUCCAAGCUCGGCUUCUCCGCAUCCCUUCGUCGACUAACCAAAAACCAUGCCGACAACUCGGGGGAGCGCUUCCCGAUCAAGAUCGGCAGCUGAUUCUUCGACGGCUCCCUCAAAGAAGCCGAGGAGAAGCGAGAAACCGCGGGCUGCGGCAGGAGCGGAAGCCCGUUUCGCCGAGACCCAAGUCAACACGCCCUUGAUAUCAUGUUCUAGGAGCAAUUUGAAGGGUAAGAAAGAAUCUCAAAAGAAGCGGAAGGUUGUCGGAAGGGAGGGAGGAGCGGAUGGAGCUGCUUCGGAGAAAAAGGCUAGAUCUAACGGAGAAGAAGAUGAGCAGGUGCUUUCGGAGGAAUACGGGAGUCCAACCGCGUCAGGAAUGGGAUUGGCGGGGUCAGAAUCUGAAACUAGUUCCGCUACUGCCUUGGAGACCAAAGCCGGGGGAAAAGAAGUGGCUUCGAAGAAGCAGAAGAUUAGCGCGGAGGAGGAGGAGGAGGAGGAGGAAAAUCAUGGCGACGAAAACAAAGGAGCAGGGAGAGCUAAUCCCGAGAGAAAGGGGGAUGAAGAUGGAGGGGAUGCUCGAUUUAUUGGAGAGCCAGUGCCUGACGAGGAGGCGAAGCGACGGUGGCUUCAUAGGUACCAAGGAGAGAAGCCAAAACGAAAAGCUGGUUCAAGAAGUUUAAAGGAGGAUGAUGAAGAUGAGAUCAUUCAAGCUCGGUGCCAUUACACUUGUGCAGAAGUAGAUACUAUCAAAUAUAAUCUUUAUGAUGAUGCUCAUGUGCAGGCUGGAGAUGGAGAUGAUUGUUUUAUUUGUAAGAUUGUUGAAAUGUUUGAAGCCGUUGAUGGGACUUCAUAUUUCACUGCUCAGUGGUUUUAUAGAGCCAGAGAUACCGUCAUUCAAAAGCUUGGACAUCUUAUAGACAAGAACCGUGUCUUCUUUUCAGAGAUUCGGGACGACAAUCCCUUAGAAUGCCUUGUCAAGAAACUGAAGAUUGCAAUAGUUCCUUUAAAUGUGGACUCGGAAACAAAAAGUGCAGGACUUCCAGUUUGUGAUUAUUACUCGAAUAUGAAGUAUUUAUUGCCAUACUCCACAUUUGUUCCUUUUCCAACAGAAUCUAGGACGACCGGCAGUAAGGCAUCAUCGACAAUUUCAAGCGCCGGUGACGAACAUGGUUUACCUACUGUGAAAUCUGACAAUGAAGAGGUCUCUGAAGUUCAACAACUCUCAAAACGAGAUGUCACCCUGCUGGAUUUAUAUUCUGGUUGUGGUGCAAUGUCAACUGGGUUAUGUCUUGGUGCGACUUUAUCCGGUUUAAAUCUUGUUACGAAAUGGGCGGUCGAUCUAAAUAAAUAUGCUUGCGAGAGUCUCAAAUUAAAUCAUCCAGAAACAGAGGUAAGGAAUGAAACUGCUGAAGACUUUUUAUCUCUGCUAAAGGAGUGGGAAAAGUUGUGCAUCAGUUUCAAUUUGAUUAAAGCUAAAGAUUCACGACAACCACCUCCCAGUUUUUUUCAUUCUAAAGAAGAGGAAGAUGGUGAAAACGAGAGUUCUGAUGAAAGUGAUGGUGAAGAUGAUUCGGAAGUAUUCGAAGUUGAGAAGAUUCUUGCAAUAUGUUAUGGUGAUCCUAAUGGGAAAGAGAAGCGUGGAGAUCAUAAAGAAAAAGGAAAACGUGGAUUGCAUUUCAAGGUCAGUUGGAAAAAUUAUGGCCCUGAUGAGGACACUUGGGAGCCAAUUGAGGGACUUGGAAAUUGUGAGGAAAGGGUCAAAGAGUUUGUGGUGAAAGGAUUCAAUUCAAAGAUGCUCCCUUUGCCGGGAGAUGCAGACGUAAUUUGUGGAGGCCCUCCAUGCCAAGGCAUUAGUGGCUUCAACCGAUUUAGGAAUAGAGAUAACCCUUUAGAUGAUGAGAAAAAUAAACAACUUCUUGUUUACAUGGAUAUUGUAGAGUUUCUUAAGCCAAAAUAUGUUCUGAUGGAGAAUGUAGUUGACAUUUUAAAGUUUGCUGAUGGAUACCUUGGACGCUAUGCGUUAGCUCGCUUACUCGAGCUAAAUUAUCAAACUCGGAUGGGAAUGAUGGCAGCCGGCGCAUAUGGGCUUCCUCAAUUUCGUAUGCGUUUCUUCUUGUGGGGUGCCCGCCCAACCGAGAAGUUGCCCCAGUACCCCCUUCCGACACAUGAUGUUGUUGUCAGAGGUGUUAUUCCUUUAGAAUUUGAGAGUAACACUGUAGCUUAUGAUGAAGGUCACACAGUCAAGCUAGAGAAAAAACUUUUACUUGCGGAUGCACUUUCUGAUCUUCCACCAGUGGGGAAUGAUGAAGCAACGGAUGAAAUGCCAUAUAAUAAAGCACCCGAAACGGCAUUCCAACAGUUCAUAAGGAUGAGGAAAGAUGGUUCUUUACCAAAUGUAAAAUCUAAAGAAAAUUUGCUGUACGAUCAUAUCCCACUAAACUUGAACAAUGACGACUAUCAACGUGUGUGUCGGAUUCCCAAGAGAAAGGGAGCAAAUUUUAGAGAUUUGCCAGGUGUGCAUGUUCGUCCUGAUAACAGAGUUGAAUGGGAUCCUAACGUGGAGAGGGUUUACUUGGAUUCCGGGAAACCUUUGGUUCCUGAUUAUGCCAUGUCAUUUAUAAACGGAUCAUCCUCGAAGCCUUUUGCACGACUGUGGUGGGAUGAAACUGUACCAACGGUUGUUACAAGAGCAGAGCCACACAAUCAGGCAAUUUUACACCCUGAACAAGACCGUGUUCUGUCUAUCCGUGAGAACGCAAGGCUUCAAGGUUUUCCUGACUAUUAUAAAUUUUGUGGGCCGAUAAAAGAGAGGUAUAUUCAGAUUGGGAAUGCGGUGGCAGUUCCUGUUGCGCGAGCUCUUGGAUACACCUUAGGAUUGGCUUAUCAAGGUCUUGCAAAUGAUGAACCAUUGUUCACUCUACCUGAAAGAUUUCCAGAUAUUUCGGAACGAGUUUCUGAGACAUCUGAAGACGCAUUUGUAUUGGCUGAGAAUGAGUCUGGCUCUGACAACAUCAAAAGAGAUGACUCUAACAUAAAUUAAACACCAGAGGUCAGUCCAGGUUGCUUAGUAAGGAUAAAGCUUCUAUAGAAUGAUUUCGUUAGCUCAUAAAUUCCUCUUUAUUCAAAUGAAGUUGAUCCUGGUAUCAUAAACAUUUAGAUGUACCAUAUGUGAUACUUUAUUUACGAGUACCGAAUAAAGCUGAGUUGCUUUAAUUUGUAA